CAAGAAACCAAAAUACACGUUCAAGUCCCCAGCUAAAUUUUUGCACGAGUGUGUCUUAAAUACAAGUUUGCUUUUAUGUGUUGCAGCAAAACCCACGAAAAGCCAGGAUUUGGAGUUGAUCGGGAUGAGUUCUCGUGUGUGUGUCUUGAUGGGUUCUCAGUCCACAUGGAGGAGCAUCUGAGGGUUUUUCAAAAAGUGCAAAUCAAAAAAGAGAAUAUGGGAUCCAGAAAAGAGUUUUAAGAUGGAUCCCCCCUUCAAAAUAAAAGGAGGAGGUGGGGGUGGGGGGGGGGAAAGAAAAAAAAUAAUAAACCACCACCGCGGAGGCACGGGGGGAUGCGGAGUCUCACAUGGGGCUGCGGGCAGGAGGAGGAUCCCGCCGGGAGCUCCGGGGGGGCGGAGGAUCCAGCGGUGUCUCUGCGAGGGGAGGAGGGUCCGCGGCUCCGCAGGGACCCCGCGGGCGAUCCGGGCCGGGAGGAGGAUCCAGCAGCCGCUCCCGCAGGAAGGAGCGAGCGCGGGGAGGGGAUCCGGGGAGGAGGAUCCAGCAAAGUCUUUCACGGAGGGAGGAGGGAGCGGGGAAACCCGACAGUCUGUGUGCCUGGCUCGCAGCGGGAUCCGCGGGCAGGCGGGGAGGGGAGGGGAUCCCGCGGCUCUCUCCGUGUCCUCCGCAGGGAUCCGGCAGGGACCCGGGUGGGCGGCGGGGAGCGGGGCAGCCGAGGCGGCGGCGUGUCCCCGGGGAACCGCAGCAGCGCCUCGGGCAGGGUCGGUCGGUCCGCCGGGGUGCUGAGGGGGAGGGGGGGGGACGCAGCGCCGCUCGCCGUCUCUCCCGCUCGCUCUCGCCUCGUCCGCUCGCAGGGCAGGCGGUGCCGGGCUCAGUGCUGCCGGGCCGGUCCCCCGCUCCUCCGCGCCGCCGCCGCCGCUGCC